CUGACGCAUGUGACGUGAGCCUCGUCGUUGAGUUGUGUUUAGCUCCCACGCGGUCGUUCGAAAGCCACGAUUUUCACAAACACGAGGUUUUAAACGUUACGAUAUAUCGAGAUAUGACUUUCCCAUAACGGCAUUUUAACACAUUAGCGUAUUAAGAUGGUGUCAAAAUGGAUUUAACCGUGGCACCUAUCACUUUGGGGUGCACGUGAUGACAUGCCCGGGCUUGUCUGAUUAUUUGGCACGGCCGGACAGGAGGUCCACGCGCCCAUCAUGGACGGCAGCUUUCCUAAACAACUUUUUCCACACUUUUAUUUGGAUGGACCGCCGGAGACUAAACCCAAAAGCAAUUAUGCAGGCUGGGGCUCAUAUGAGCGAGUGUUUGACUCCAGCGCGGAACUGGGUGAUGCUGAAGGAGACGUCCAGCAUCGUUUUGAAUCCCAACACACUGUGAGAGGAGACCAGUGGGUACCAAUCAAACCAGCAGUUACCCCUUUAUUUCCACCAUGUGAAGAUGCCAAAGUCUUGUCUGGCCCUCCACCCGAUCCGAUGGAUUUUGCAGAGCACAUGCAGUAUUUUUACCAGCAUCACUGUAUGGAUGCUUUCUCCACAAUGGGUCAUUUGCUUCAGGAUGACUACUCAUUUAAUAGGGAUCGGGCGGAGGGUGUUGUGAACGUGAGCUGGUACAGGAAAUAUCUCGAAAGAAUGAAUUACAAAAGGUGUCAUGUUGGGCGUUACACGAGGAAGAUCCGUCGAGUCCAUCAUUUGCUGGCUGAUAUUGUCUGUGAUAUUCCUUCAUCCGUUCUCGGCAAACUCCUCCAUGAGGAACUGACAUCACAGAGGGAACAACAGCAGUUCUGUUCAGAUUUCACAGGGGGCGCUCUUGGAUACACCAAACUGUUUGAGACACAGGCCGGUGGUGGUGAUGGAUGUCUGAUCUUUCCCAGUGGGCCGGCAUUAAACAACCUCAAUUUCCACAGGGUGGUGCCAAAGUACAAGGCAGACAAGCCUCCCAGUUUUCUCAUAGACCCUAAACCUCUCACAUUUGAGGUGAAUGGAACCAUUAAACAGCUCAGUCUUGGAAACAUGGAGGACAAAGGUAACUUGGCUGUUCGAUCAGACUUUUUUUGUGGUGUUUGGUUGCUGGGAGACCGCCUGAAGCCAUAUACACAGGAAGUCAUCCAGACGAAAGAUCGAUUCUCCUGCGUCACUGUCAGUCCACAUAUCCCAGAUGAGCUCGUGGUGGCCAAUGAACGUGGAGCAGCGUAUCUCUGGACCGUGAAAAAAGGAUUGCAGAAGUUUCGAGAGGAGGAUGCUAACCUGUAUUUCAAUGCGAAGUCACCAUGGCGAUGGUGCGAGUUUUCGUGCCACCCAAGAGUGAUGGUCUUUGCUGACAGGACGGGGGCGGAGCUUGCAGACGCAAGGAAUCGUGACUGUUAUCACACAUUGUUUCGGAUCGGAAAGACACCGGCUUGUGUAACAGGAGAGAGGGUGAUGUUGACCAAGUAUCUGAGCGAAAGCCACGCCCAUCAUCACCUCAUCACCACCCAGUUUUCUGCCUACCUUAUGGAUGAGCGUGUUCCAUGUGUGCCCAUGCUGAAAUGGGAUCAUAUGAUGGAAUCCCCGCCAGUGUUUGCCUGCGCUCUUCCAGGACCGACCCAAAAUGAUUGCAAAGUGCUACUGGGUGCUCAGAAAUCACAGGAGAUCAUGUUAUUGCAAUACAAGGGUGGCCGUGAGCAUGCCUGUCAGACUCGGGGUCCCAUUCAGAAGCUCUUCAGUCCCAAUGAGAGUCUGGACCACGUAAAGCUUCUGCUUCCCCAUAAGAGACACCUCGCUCAGAAGAGACUCAGUGUACCUGCUGCAGGUCUCGCAGCUGUACAGAAUAAGGACUACAUGUCUUUAUUCCAGCUCACAGAGACUGGAGACAUCUUUUAUCAAACGCUAAAGUUACACAAGCAUCAGGCCAACACCAGUGAGAACCUUAAAGAACCAGCUUCAUCAUCUGCCAAUGUAGGAGAAACUGGAGCAACAUCCAAGGACAUCCAAUCCGCUAUAAGCAAUGUUGAUGAUGACUCGGAUAGUGAGGCACAUCCAUCCGAGAUUGGUCAGUUGGAUAAAAAUCAAUCCCAUGCUUUGGAUACAAAUAAAGAUGCUGAAGAAGCAUCAAUGCCGAAGAACCAUAAAUCAAAAAAGGAUCGUGGUUUCCAGGAUGCUUGGGAUCAGUGGUUGAAUCCUAUUUUCCAAAAGGCUGCUUCCAAAAAACAACAUUUUCGUCACCAGCAAAUCAAAACCAAAGAUAUAAUGGACUUCCGGAUCAUCGCGUCUGAUAAACUGGAAGAAGAUCGCCUUGAGAGUUUAAGGGGAAGCCUUCACAAUGUCAUGAGGAAGAAAGAGCCGGUCCUUCAUUGGUUAACGUACCUGCCUCAUUUAAAGGUUACACCCGUUCCUGAUCCUGUAGAUCCUGCACAGUGGCCGGACGAUCUGAGCCAGCGAUUGACUGCGGCAUGGGAGGGCGAAUGGAAAAAUUGGUGGGAGGAGAAACUGGGUUUGAAUCGAAACGAGAAAAUCGCUGCUCUUCGUAGAAAGCGACGUCGAGAAAAGCAGGCCAGAGCCGGGAGUCGCGUCUCGCUUUUUGGAAGCUUCACCUCGUCUAUGAGUUGUCAGGGCGAUCUGUCCGGUUGGUCAUCUGCGGCGAGUCUUUGUUCAGAUGGAGAGGCUUUGGAGAACUCGCAGGCCAUGGAAGAGGUGGAUGUGAGAUCGGAAACGGAGAUGGAGCAAAAUUGUAAGACUACGGUGAACGAUCAACAAUCUAUAAAAUCUGCCCGAAGAUCUCCCCCAAAAUCUAAAACUCAAAGCCUUUCAGCUUCCCUGUCGAAUGACCAACCAACAACCCAGAACCAGAAGUCUGCAAAAAUGCCGGAUUUGGGAGUUUCAACUUCGGUCAGCUUACCACGAUCACCAACUAGGCAAUCGAAACGACUCAAAGUGGAGCUUAGUUGUAUAUUUGGUUCCCAAAAACUGGAAUCUUUAUCGGAUGGUGGAGUUUCUUUUUCUCAGGUAUCUUCCUCAUCAUCCCAAAGAUUUUCCCAAGUCAGAACACCCACACGAGGCUCCCAGCCAAAGAAAAAGUCUCGCAUGGGUUUCUAAAUGCCGGCUGCAAACGAGGAAUGUUGCAAGAUGGGAUGUUUACCUCUCGCUCUCGUCCCAGACGCCCUCCGGGAUGGUGGGUAGCUCUGGAAUACUGCAGUAGCUGCUGUGCAAAUUCUGCGCAGUUCUCCGCGAUACGAUCCAAACCAGUUUCCUGUGGUCAGGUUUGGCACAUUCUGGAGAGGAAUACUGCUUCAUACACUGAUCUACGAGACCUCGCCAGUGCGCCAGGUCAGCCUGAGAGAUCUAAAGAGAGCAAACAGAUACCGUAUUAAACACCAGCUUACAUAAGACCAAGGCAAACGGCCAGCAUAAUUUUGGAAAGGUCUGAUUUGACAGAUGUCUCUGUAUGCGAUGGGCGAUCUCUAGGAGGUCUGAUGACUUUAAGGCAUCGAUCUCCUGCAUCAGCAGAGAUAAGGCAAGCACCGAAGGCUUUAAAAAAAGAGGAACAAAACCAUUAAUAUAAGCUUGUGCAUAACUCAUUUCUGACAUCUGUAUGUGUUUGUGUGGUAAUUCUUACUUUAGCUUUGGAGAAGACAAUUCUGCACAAGCAGGCUUUUAACUCCGCUUCUAGUUUGUCGAGGUUGAGGACAUUUUUCCUGAAAUGGAGAGAAAAUGCAUGUCAGAAAAAUUGCGUUUAAGACUAUCCUGUCUAGUGUGACAUUAAAUCAGAAGAUAAUCUUCGGUUUUGACAGCUGACCGCCAUAUACACUGAGAAAUGUUCAAAGUGCAAUCGCCAGCCCUGUUUAUCAAGUCAGUUUUUUUAUCUGCUAUGCAUGCACAUUUAUAAAGUUUAUCUGGGUUUAAAUUGAAGGUUUAUACUGUGGCUGGCGUCUUACCUGCCGGAGGUGUGCGAAAGUGCGAUGGCAUGGUAUAAAUGCAGGAAGGUUAAGGCUGUGACGGCUUUGAACUGGAAGUUCAGUUUCUCUGAAAUGAUCUUCUCCAUACGGCUGAGGUCUGAGACGGUAAAUUUGAACUGGCUGAUGCGAAUGAGCUCGUGGCUGGACGAAACAUCGCACUCUUCUUCGGUCGCCCGGGCGGCGAUCUGGAGGCAGCUUAGGCUGAUACAUGCCAAAUACUUUGGUUGAACCUUUCAUUAAAACACAAAGCAGAUCAGUUUAAUCCAAAUGGUAUUUAGACUGGGAAAAUGAGUUGUUUUAUAAUCAUGGUAAACUGUUUACCUUCAUCAUGGCUAGAAACCUAUCCAGCAGGUUAACGGCCAGCACAAAGGUCUGAGCGCUGUAACCAAAAAAACUGGUCAAGCUCCAGAGAUCCUCCACCCGGGCAUCUCGACAUUUGGCUGAAACUCCAUUGCUAUUCUGUAAAAGUAAUAUUUUUGGUUAAUUGUGACUUUAUUGUUCAAAUGUUUAGGUGUUUAAAAUAACUUUGCACAUGAA